GUCGGUGCCGCAUCGGAUCGGGUCCGGCUGGAAACGCGACGCGCGUGCAAUCGAAACGGUUCCACUUGCCCUUACCCGCAUCCUGACCCGACUCGCGGACCAUAGCGGGGACCUCCAUUCUCCCCCUGGGCGCUUCUCGCGAUUCGCGAGGCGAAACGCGGCCGACCGCACUAGCGGGGCCCCCCCCCCUCCACACCCCCCACGCGGAUGCCGCCGAGAUGACAGAGGCCGAGUUGAGCUCCGCGCUGCGGGACGAGGCGUUCUCGAGAGACGCGGCCUGGGUGUGGCAGCGUGACGGAGGCAGCAGUUUACAACAACACAUUUUGAGCCAUCUGGCACGUUUCGUGCCCGGCAUCCACCGCACUUGUGGUGGCUUUGAAGCAGCGACUCGCACCCGGCCCAGCGUCCCGGAGGGCAGCACGCCUGGAACUCCCAGCACCAGCAGCAGCACCAGCAGCAGCAGCAGCAGCAAUGCGACACCCGGAGGAACGCCCGAAACACCCAACGCAGUCACUGCAACGCCGGGCGGCGAUUCUGAAACGGCCGACGGUGGCAAUGACGCUGACGAGGGCCUGGGAGGACAAGGGGAGCUGCUGGUUCGCCGCGUCCUGCUGGACCCCCUCGGCUGGUUCCUGUGCGGGGAGGAUCCGGAAGCUGGCUUCCCUCGCUUGCAGCUGUCUAACCGACCAGCACAGCUGUGCGGGCACGUGUUCCGCAGCGGGGAGCCCACAUACUCGUGCAGGGAAUGUGCAGCAGACCCCACGUGUGUGCUCUGCAUGGACUGCUUCCAGCAGAGCGUCCACCGCACCCACAGAUACAGAAUGAGUACGUCGGGUGGCGGAGGGGUGUGCGACUGCGGAGACCGUGAAGCUUGGAGGACAGGGCCGCACUGCAGCAUGCAUUCGCCGGGACACGCUGACGCCGCAGCCACUGUGGGCGUAGGCGUUCUACCCGAUGGCGUGGAGGAGCGAGCCCGAACCCUCUUCCCCGUGCUCCUGCAGUACGCCAUCGACGCGCUCACGUGGGACCCCUCGUCGGGCCCUCUGCUGCGCGACUUCCACCCGCAAACCCACACUGAUGAAGUGUAUCACUGUGUCCUCUACAAUGACGAGGUGCACACAUUUAACGAUGUCAUCGGCUGUCUGGUGGUGGCUAUCGGCUGCUCGGAGAGGGAGGCCUUUUCCCUCGCCUCCGCUGUGGACCGUCAGGGUCGCAAGUCUGUGUACUGUGGCUCGCAGCAAGUGUGCGAGGAAAUCAAGAGAAUCAUCGUUGGCCGUAGCUCUCCACGGCGCGGACAAAAGGCGCUGCGCACGGAGGUGGAGUCGGCCUCGCUUUUCGCCCAUCAGACGUUCGCCACACGCCUGCUAGCCUGGCUCAAUCACAUCUGCGAGACGUGCGAGGGCCUGCGCGUGCUGGUGUGCGAGGCUCUGCUGUCUGGCGGUGACGCCUCUCCCGUCUGCAUGCUCAUGCUCCAGGACUCGCGCCUCUGGAAGGGAGCGAGGAGUGUGCAUUACGACCUGAUCAUGGGCAGCCUCCUCCUGGAGGCCGAGUACAAGCGCCAUUUCGCCAUCGUGUUCACACGGAAUUACCGCCGGCUGCAGCAGGAUUUCCUGGACGAUGACCACGAGCGAAAUCUGUCCGUGACCAGCCUCUCGGUGCAGGUGUUCACUGUGCCCACGCUGGCACGGUAUCUGGUGAUGGAGGAGGACGCCCUGUCCAUCCUCGUGAAGACCAUGCGGGAGCAGCUGCAGGAGCUGAUGGGCGGCAACGGGGCGCUGCACCCGGACCGCACCGACUCGGUGCAGCUCCGCCGUGCGCUGCACACCUUCGGCGACCUCAAGUUUAUCCUGAUCGCUCGGCCUAGCGAAUGGAGCGAUGCCCUGAGGAUCAAAUUCCUUGCCGGUUUCCAAGAGUUCAUGACCUUCCUGCAAGUCCUGCAGGGCAUCGAGGCGGUGACGCGGCAGCUGAGUCAGCACGUGGAGAUGGACCCCGAAUGGGACGUGGCCUACAGCCUGGAGCUCGCCGUCACGCAUGCCAUCACCAUGAUGCAGGGCUGGUGCGCGUCAAACGCGGCAGUGCUGGUGGAGUCGUACGCGCUGUGCGUGCGCGUGCUCCAGUCGUCCGGCGCGGUGCCCCGCAACGCCGCCGCCACACCCGUCAGGCUGGCGCUGUGCGGCCACUCCCUGCUCUCCAUGCCCUAUCUGGUCUCUCGUCAGCCCGUGAGCACCCACCUGCCCAUGACUCGCUUCCUCGCAGGCCUCUAUGCGAUGGUGAGCCACACUGGGGUCAUGUCUUCUUACCCAGAGAUGAAUCUGCUGGAAAGCGUGGAGCCACAGGACUUGGCCGAAUUGCCCCUAAGGUGCCUGGUGCUGUUGGCGCAGGUGAACGCCGGCAUGUGGCGGCGUAACGGCUUCUCCCUCGCCAACCAGAUGUACCACUACCACAGCGCCAUGUGCCGCCAGGAGAUGUUCGACAAGGAUGUCCUCAUGCUGCAGAUCGCCGCGUCUCGGAUGGACCCGGAUGAAUUCCUCCUGCUCCUUCUGUGCCGCUUUGAGCUCAUCAACGUCUUCAAGACAGCCACGCGGCACAGCGGACACCGUGCCGACACCACCAGCAAGGACCAGCUCCAGCAGAACAGCUUCUUGCUCGAAGAACUUCUUCAGCUCAUCAUAUGGAUCCUGGCGGAGCGCUUUGUACCAGGCGUGAGCGCCGUGACGGCGGAGCAGGUGACACGGCACGAGGUGGUGCACCAGCUCGCCAUCAAGCCCAUGACGCACAGCGAGCUGAGCAAGGCGCUGCCCGAGAACGAAAACGACGAGACUGGCAUGGAGGCCAUCAUCGAUGACGUCGCUGUCUUCAGGAAACCAGGCCUCACCGGCCGUGGGGUUUACGAGCUGCGGCCCGAGUGCACGGCCGAGUACAACCCCUUCUUCUACCACUACCGGCGAUCGGAGCAGUCCAAGGCAGAGGAGGCUCAGAAGAAGUUGAAGAAGCUGAAAGGAGAGGAUAGCGCGCUGCCUCCGCCCGUGCCGCCCCCUCUGUGCCCCAUGUUUGAGGGGCUGCUGAGACUCCUGCACUGCGACACGUUCGUUUGCAUGCUGGCGUGCGUGCUGCACUGGGCUGCCAAGCCCUCCGGACAGCCGUGCUCCGAGGCUGCCCUGCAGCGGGCGCUGCACCUGAUGGGGCUGGCGCUAAUGGAGGAGCAGAAGCAGCUGCAGCAAGCGGGCGAGGGGCACGAGGCUGACGUCUCCUUCUGCUUCCUGCACAAGGCAACGCGCUCCGGGAGCCCUCCUGACAGCGCGCACUCCCUCCUUGCCCAGCUGCAGGCCCUCCAGGCCGCCUCUCACCUGGAGAAUGAGAAGGACAUGAUCGCAUGGACGUUGAAGCUCUUCGCGACCGUGCGGAUGCUUCGGGAGAGAACUUCCCAGACCCCCGGCUCCUCCAUGGAUGAACAAACGCAAAAAGAUGUGAGAAGGGACUCGGGCGAGCGCGACAAGCAGGAGCGUAAGCGCAAGGCGGAGGCCGCGCGCAAGCGGCGCGAGAAGAUCAUGGCGCAGAUGUCGGCGAUGCAGCGCAGCUUCAUGGAGGAGAACCGCGCGCUCUUCGAGCAGGCUGGGGGGGCGGCCGCGGCGCAGGGGUCGACGGAAACCGACGGCAGCUCGGAGUUCGGCGGCGGAAGCAGCGGCUGUGAUGGCGCCACCGCGGAGCCCGGCGGCGUGUGCGUGGGGCCACGCCGGGCCAGCCGCCCCGCUGAGCGCCGCGUCCUCAGCUGCAUCCUGUGCCAAGAGGAGCAGGAGGUGCGUGCCGACGGCGCCGCCAUGGUGCUCGCCGCGCUGGUGCAGCACUCCACCGUGCUGGCUCGCCCGCAUGCCACAAGUGACCCGGCCGCCCCGCCGUUAACCGCGGCAGCGGCAGAUGCAGAACCCGACAAGUUUGACCCCCUGUUGGUGACUGCCGGCCUUCCUGUGGGCGUCCACAGUGGCAGCUGUGGCCAUGUCAUGCACGCGCACUGCUGGCAGAGGUACUACGAGCCGACGCAGGUGCGCGAGCGGCGCCAGUUCCGUCAGCGCAUGCCCAUGGACACGGAGACGGGCGAGUUCCUGUGUCCGCUCUGCGAGGGCAUCAGCAACGCCGUGGUGCCGGUGCUGCCCGCGCCGUGCAGCUCCCAGCAGCUGGCACACUCUGGGGAGGAGGUGGAGGCUUUGGUUGAGCAGCUAAAGCUGUCACGCUGGCUGGAGGUGGUGUGCCUGCGCAUCGCUGGGCUGCGACAGCUGCUGAACAGAAAACCAGACAAUCUGGAGGACAAAGGAGACGUCCAAGCUCCGCAGCCCCCCGCGAGUCUCCCAGAAGGGUUCCGCUCCAUCCUCAACUACGGGGUCCGGCCCAUGCCCCAGUACUCGGAGAGCCUGUGCGGGAUGGUGCAGACCUUCUCCAUGGCGCUGUACCGCGCCUCCGUGUCGGCACACCCCAACGACCAGGACCCGCGCGUGCCAACGCUCGCCUGGCACACGUGCGCCUUCACCAUCAUGGCGCUGGAAUCCAACUUGAGAGCGGACAUGAAGCCUCUCUUCGGCUCCCUGCCCAGCCGCCAGGUGGAAUGCCUGCGCUCGCUCGUGCGACUGGCCGAGGCGCAGUACAGCAUGGUGUCGUCCGCGGAAGUGGUACAAGGGCACGUCCUGCGUCUCUUCAGUGUUCUCAUCCCGGAUCCGCAGGGGGAAGAUUCCCCGUGUCUACUGGACGUCGAUUUGACCCACCUGCUGCUGUGCGCCACGCUCGCCUUCCCGGCACUCUACCACGAAGAGGGCGCCCCCCUGCGCCCCUCCCCCGUCGCCGCCUCCGUUAACGAGCUCCACCUCGUCACGCUCGUCACCAUGGCCCACGUGCUGCAGGUGCUGCUCACGGCCGCUACCGUCGCCCCGACGCCAACGACGGAGGAUGCGAUGGAGGUGGACGAGGAGGUUGGCUACGGUGAGGAGGAGGUGCAGGCCGUGGAGGAGCUGUGCGUUCGGCUGCAGCAGCUCACGGCCGGGGCGUACGCGUCGCGCGUGCCGGCCAGCCGGCUGGCCCGCUCUGUGCGGGCCGGCGUCGCGCCGUUCCUCCGCUGCGCCGCCACCUUCUUCUGCCUCCUGCACGACAGUCCACCGCCCCCGCAGCUGAGAGAAGCCAGCGGGCUGGAGUUUGAGACCCUCUGCCGGUACCUGGCGCUUCCCACCAACCUGGCGUCGCUCUUCCAGAUCCACGGCGCCUGCAUCGAUUCUCUCCUGCGCAGUUGGUGCUCGGCACCAGGGGUGACACGACUACUCAAAGGAGCAAGAAGCGCAGUCACGUUUCCACGCGAGGAGAACAGACUCGUGUCCCUGCCAGAUGAUUACAGCCAGCUCAUCAACCGCGCCUCGCUCUACACCUGCCCGAACGGCGGCGCGGAGGGCGAUGCGGCGCGCUCGAUGGCGCUGUGCCUGCUGUGCGGCGCCAGCUUGUGCUCGCUCUCGCUGUGCUGCCAGACGACGCUGGGCUCGCGCACUGUCGGGGCGUGCACGCUGCACGCGCUGCGGUGCGGCGGCGGCGUCGGCAUCUUCCUGCGGGUGCGCGAAUGUCAGGUGCUGCUGCUGGCAAACCGGACGCGUGGCUGCUUCAUGGAAGCGCCUUACCUGGACGACUACGGGGAGACCGACCAGGGCCUCCAUCGCGGCAACCCGCUGCACCUGUGCCCGGAGCGUCUGGCCGGGCUGCAGCGCCUGUGGCUGGAACACGGCGUGCUGCACUCCAUCGGCCACUCGCAGGAGAGCCAGCACCUCGCCUACUCCUGGGAGCUCUUCUAAGGGCCCGGCGGUCGUCCUGCUAUAGCACCCACCUUCCCCCCCACCCACCCACCUACGCAGCCGGCCAGCUACUCGGGAAGGUUGGCCAGCUAGUGAGGCAACCGGGGCAGGCAGGCAGUCAGUCGUUUAUACAGCCAAGCCAGCAAACCGGCCAGCAUGCCAGUCAGCCACCCAGUCAUCGAUCGUCCUUUUUCCACUGCCACAUCUGAGCCGAGCCAGCACGGGGCCCACGUUGUGGUUUGCCACCGGCCAUUUGCCGUUCUGAGAUGGAAGAAAACCGUAAUAAUAACGCUGGGCCUCCUACAACUUCUAAAUCUACGUUGGGAGACAAGCAGGGCCAGGGAGGGGUUAACGACACGUUCAUUGCGCAUGUCGUCGGCAGCAUGGCUCGGUUUACUGCAGUGGAAAAAUGACCUGCACCUCCUGACUCGCAACGGCCUGGCUCGGCACGGCCCUUGGCGUCGCUCGGAUGUGCCAGUGGCUAAGGGUCUAUGAGGUCAUCCGGUGAGACAGGUGGUUGGUGAUUUAGCUGGGUAGUUGGUGAGCGAAUUGGUCAGAAGGUUGGACCGUGGUGGACCGCAAGGUCUGGAGUGUGGGAAGUCUUGAGACAGUGUAGCCAUUGCUUGUUUAUGGUGGCUUGCCCUGAUUUAACCAUUUGUUUAUAGCUGUCAUUUAUUAAACCAAUUUAGUCAUAAAUUUGAUUUCAAGCUUUCGUGACUGCAGGAAUUACUCUUUGGUUCUUUCGGUAAAGUCACGUAGAAAGAAAAUAAUUAGUUUUCUCUCUCUCUCUCUGUGUGUCUCUGUGUUGUCUCUCUCUGCUUG